AAGGGGAGGCGGCGUUUCCUGCACGGGGUCCGUCGCACGCAGCGAUGCCCGCGGAGCCCUUGGUCUGCGCUGAUACGGCCACGCGGGUGAGCUCGGUGCUGAACCGCGACGUGAAGCAGUUCGGGAAGAAGCACAUGUUUGACGGCAGCGAGGAGACGUGCUGGAACUCGGACCAGGGCUCGUGCCAGUGGGUCACCCUGGAUUUCCCCCACACCGUCAGAGUCUCACAGCUCCACAUUCAGUUCCAGGGGGGUUUCUCCAGCCGGCUGUGCACGCUGGAAGGCUGCAGAACAGGUGAAGAACUGGUGAAAAUAUCUGACCUGUACCCCGAGGACAUCAAUGCCAUGCAGAGAUUCCAGGUGGAGGAGACAGCGCUGGAUACGUUGAAGAUCACCUUUGAGAACAGCACUGACUUCUUUGGACGCAUUGUGGUGUACCACCUCCAGGUGCUGGGGGAGAGGCUGUAGGGCAGCAGUUGCUCACCCAUCACCUGCAUUCCCCUGUGGAGGAGCUGCUCACGUGGGGAAAUGGGACAGCAAGCCCCACCAGCAGUGAUUUGCCACCCCCAGCUGUACCCAAAGCGCUGAUGGAGCGGGGAACUCCACCCCAUGGGAUGGCAGAGCAGAGGGACACUCGUGCAGAGCACUACAUGCUGGAAUUGUAAGCCACCUUUGCUGUGUUUUGGUGGGAUGCAGCCUGUGCAGAUGGCUGAAUAAAUGCUGGUGUCCCACA